UUUUUUUUUUUAUUUUUAAUUUUCAUUUACUAUGUCAAAAGCAUCUUUUCUUAGAGAGUACAAAAUUGUUAUCGUUGGCGGAGGUGGUGUUGGCAAAUCUGCUUUAACUAUCCAGUUUAUUCAGUCACAUUUUGUUGACGAAUAUGAUCCAACUAUUGAGGAUUCUUAUCGUAAACAGUGUGUCAUUGAUGAUGAAACAGCUUUACUAGAUGUAUUAGAUACUGCAGGUCAAGAGGAAUACAGUGCUAUGAGAGAGCAAUACAUGAGAAAUGGUGAAGGCUUUAUAUUGGCUUAUUCAAUUACUUCUCGCUUAUCAUUUGAAGAGGUAAAUACAUUCUAUCAACAAAUUCGACGUGUAAAAGAUCGCGACUUUUUCCCAAUGGUAUUAGUUGGCAAUAAAUGUGAUUUAGAAAGUGAUCGACAAGUAUCAAGUCAAGAAGGAAGAGAUUUAGCUAAAAGUUUUGGAUGUCCCUUUAAUGAGACAUCUGCUAAACAACGUAUUAAAGUAGAUGAUACAUUUUAUGAAGUUGUAAGAGAAAUUCGUCGUACAAAUAAGGAACAAGAAAAUAGAUCAAAAGGAGUACGAAGAGAAACGUUUGAAAUGACAGAUAGUCAUGAAAAUGAAGGCUGUUGUGGAUGUAUUUUAAUGUAGUAGAAGAGAUGAGUCUCUUUAUUUCAAAUCCCCUAAUCUAGCUUCCUAAUGAAUUGAAUACACACUUACUUAUACCUAAUUUAUAAUCUAUAUAUAUUUAUAUUUAUAUAAACCCGUUAAAAAAG